CGGGUUCACUUUUUUGCUAUUUUGAAUAAGAACUCUAAAAUGAAACGUUCAUAUUCAGAUCGAGAGGACAGCCAUGCUAAAAGUAAAAGACGAGAAAGUGACAGCAAUGAACCUAUGCCAGCACUGCAUUCUAUAUUUUAUGGAGAGGUGGCAUCUGUUCAACAAUAUGGUGUUUUUGUAAAGAUCCCAGAGUUCAAAAAGCAAGGAUUAGUUCACAAAUCUCAGAUGUCAAAAGUAAGAGUUGAUGAUCCUUCAGAGAUGCUGGCCACUGGAGAAAAAGUGUAUUGCAAAGUUAUUUCACUUGAGAACAAUAAAAUAGGUUUGUCUAUGAAGGUAGUCAAUCAGACUACAGGUCGAGAUGAAGAUUCAGCAAAUGUACAGUCCUCAAUGGAUCUACAGAAAAACAGGAAGUUUCACAAAGGAGAGAGGCCAAAAAUAGAACUUGGAGCGGUCCUAGACACCACCUGUAAAAAAUGUGGUGGUCAUGGUCACUUAGCCCAGGAUUGCUUUCAUGUUGCUGGUGGGAAGUCAUAUGACUUACUUCCAGAUGAUGAUGAAGUUCUCUCCUCCCCAGGAAAAGAAACAAAGCACAAAUCUUCAAAAUCCAAGAAAAAGAAAAACAAAAAAGAGAAGAAAUCAAAGAAAGCUAAAAAGCGGCACCAUGCAAAUUCAAGUACAGAAUCUGAAGAUGAUAGUCCUCGUCACAAGAAACACAAAAAGCGCAAACAUAGAAGAAAAUCAUCCAGCAGUGAUAGUGAUGGCUGAUUCUGUUAUUUAUUGAUAUACAUGUAAUAUUUUACCAAU